AUGGACGUCGGACAAAAACUCCGGCGGAUGAAGCACAAUUUAGUGAAGUACAGUUCCGUUUUUUUUUUCCUUUUUUACAAGGUUUACUUUCAGCUCCUCUAAGAAAGAAGAAGACGUGGAGAUCAAAGCGAUGAUGCCGGUCGAAGUGAGAAACCAGAAGGUUUCUAAUUAAUCCUAUCUUGGUAUCGCAUUGGUUUUCUUUUCAGAUAAUAUCCGCAGUAGGUGUCUUCAAAAAAGACGUAGCUUCAACUAUAAGGACGGGUCUACGAGAAGACAACGUGGAUAAAAGAAGAGUACGUCAUUAAACUCACGUUAAUUAAAAGUUUCCAAUUGCAGAAAAAGUUAGAAGAGCACGCCAUGGCGUUAAAUCUUAGGGAAAUUGCUGACGAACUCGAUGCGGCUAACACAACUUGUAUGCACAAAGUUGUACGCAAGGUCGCAGAAGUUAUGCAAAGUGUCGCUUCUGAACGCGUAAGACCUCUGUUUUCCUAUUUUACCAUUGUUUUGGUUGCAGGUGAAGCAAGAGUUAAAAAUUGAGAACCGUGUUUUGGACGAGCUAACAAAGUUCCAAGAAAUAGAAAAGCAAUUGUCCAAAAGCCGGGAAAAACUGUCAAACGCGUAUACAGGUUUUUGUCAAAAUGGCGAAACCCGUAAAAUGAACUUUUUGAGAUCUUGAAAUUGCGCAAAAAGCUUUGGAAAAAGCAGAUGGACAAACGGCAGGUCAUCAAGAAGCCGUUGAUGUUUCUCAAUUGAAACUGGAGCAUCAAAAAGUUAACGAAAAUUGUUUUGUAACAAAAAUGUUUUUUUUAUAGGAUAACGUCAUCACAGAAGUGUAUUUACUUGCAACCAAGGAGAAAAAUAUCGCCCUGGUAAUUGAACAUUUUCACCUUUGGUAAUAUUAUUGAUUUUUUCAGACGUUUGCCGCCUAUUUAGAAGAGCAACUUGAGUAUCAUCGACAAGCUCUGACAGAACUUCAAAAAGUUCUUCCUGAAAUACGCCAAGAUAUUCGUUAGUGAGAAGAUAUCUGGCUACAUGCGGUUUGGUUUUCAGACCAUGCUCGGCCCUGUCCUGUUUUUGGCGUUGACCUGGCUGAACAUCUCAGACAACACUAUCCUUCUCGUCUUGCGACGGUUAUAGAAAAAUGCUGCACUUUACUUCGGAAAACCGGCUUUACCGAGAAAGGCAGGCUGACCCAAUCUAUCUAGAAUUAAAAAAAAAUGUUUAAGGUCUCUUCAGAGUUAAUGGCAACAAUUCCAAGAUUCGCCGAGCAAAAGCAGCUUUUGACGCUGGUCAUUUCGAUGUACGUAUUGAUUAUGAGAAUUUUUAGAAUUAAAGAAAAAUUUGAAUAAGUUUUUUUUUGCUGUUUUAUUGAACAUUUUUUUCAACUAUUUGAUCCGAAAGAAAUUAUAGAAAUUAGUCAGUGAACUAAAGUUUUUUUGAAAAAUGUUUAAUGAUUUUUUUGAACCUAAGGUACAGAAAAUGAGGACUGUUUUUUUGCAAAUUUAGCAACCCUUGAGGUCGUGCUCGGAAUUUCAGGUUCAUAAAUAUAAGCUGAAUGGGUUAACUUUCAGAAAAUUUAUUUUUCAAAAUAAGGAAACUGUAGAUACUCCACACAAAUUUGAUUACCGCAUGAAAAAUGUUGGUUUUUUUAAACUUGAAAAACUUUGACAAGAAUUUAACUUUACCAGGCUGAUGAAAAAGCUUCGAUCAAUGAUCCAAACUCGAUCAGCUCCGUCUUGAAGCUGUACUUGAGGGAGUUACCUGAUCCUCUUCUCACGAGACGCCUUCAAAAUGAUUGGUGCACUGCAGUUGCGUGAGUUUCUUGUAGUCCGUUUAUAUCGAAAAUAAUAAUUCUACUUGAAGGUUGGAAGGUGAACAACGCCUUCGUGCCUUGGAAAGUUGCAUCGCUAGUCUUCCUCAAGCAAACUUCGAUAAUUUGACUUACCUGAUGCAUUUCUUGAGCGACAUGCUUUAUCACCAGGAUGUAACUGCGUACGUUAUCCUUUCUCAAUUUCAGACGUGGUGAAAUUUGUAUAAAAUUCAACGCGCUGUCUCUGUAAUUCUCAAAAUCAAUGGGUACAGAAAAAAAAUAUUUUUUGAUUUCAAUGAAAUUUCAACCAGUGUUAUCGUAUCCCGUCAGGAUUGCGGACACGAUUUUUCAAGCCAUUUCCAACAGCCGUAACCUAACACAUCUUUUAGAGUGGUAACUUUAACAGCAAAUGACUAUUGUGAAUAGGGUGACCAAAAAACCAAAGUCGCAAACUCACAAAGUACCGUAUCUCAAAAAUUUUUACAGUAACCCAAGAUGUUAUGCACUGAAAAAAAUUCCUAAAAUUAAAAAAAAAUUCCUAUCGAUUGGUAUACAAUUUGCCUUGAGAAAACUCGUCAAUUCUUAGAUACCCCGGUGACCACCUGCCUACCGUAACCCGGUUACGGUGGUAUGAAAUGGCUUGAAAAAUUGUGUCCGCAAUCCUGACUUCAUAAUAUUUAUCCAAAAAAAGUGAACAGUGCAAGAGUUUUUUUUUCCUUUUGAGGUUUUUCAUUCUCGGCCGUUUCUCACAGAAAAGGGAAUUAUUUGUGUUUUUUUUUGCCAAUUCGUGAUAGGAAAUCAAAAGGUAUUGAGUUUUUUUUUCCUUUUAUCUGUUUCAAAUCAAUUUUUCAUGGAAAUUCUAAAUCUUUUUUUUUCAGGAUGACAGCUGGCAAUUUGGCCAUCGUUAUAGGCCCAAACCUUCUAGGUUCCGAUUUGGACGGCAACAAUGCUAUUGGCACAAAGGUUAUAUUUAUUCUUCUUCUUCUUCUUCUUCUUACGCCUUUAUACCGCUUGAGCGGCGUCGGCGCCCCAAGUCGAUUAGCCGAGCUCCUAUCCUGAUAUCAGUAGACUGGCUCCAGUGACAUAUUCGUCCUUGUGUGUGACGGCUGGGGAUUAUGAAGCCGUGGUUUGCUACUACCAGCAUUUCUUAAACUCCUUGGUUGGGUCGGGGCGGGGAUCGAACUUGUGACCCUGUGGACCGUAGACAGGCACAGAACCUGUUGCGCUACGGCGCGCCCCAAAAAGGUUAUAUUUAUUAUUAAUUUUUUUCUUCAAUGAAUUCAAAAGAAAUAUAAUGAAAAAUAUUAACUUCUCAACAUUUUCUCGCUAUCUUUUUCAAUAUGAGAAAACCUCAAAAAAAAAUAAUAAAAUUUUUCAGGUCGUUGAAAUGCUGAUUGUGAACGCUGCUAGAUUUUUUGGGAUUCCAUCUCAUGAUCCGACACGGGGCUUCUCUCCGCAACAAGAAGAACACCAUCGUCUGACGGAUUCGAGGUAGCUCUGAUCAAUUCAAACCAUUUCCUUUCAGUUAUUUGUAAUUCAUUUUGAAUCACAGAGCCGAUAACAUCAGUACUGUCAACAUAAAUCCAAUGACGACCAGCAAAAUGACACGACCAAAGGAAAAAGCGCCGCCUCCUCCUGGCGCUCAUGAAACAACAGCAGGUUAUUUCUUCUCAAUAAAAGUUCACAAAUUCUGUUUAGACAACUUGAUCGAUUUGUCAGACACGUGGAGCUCUGAGAACAGCUUCAACAACAGUUCACCACUGGAAAAGAGAUGUAUGAUUAAUUAACGUUUGCAACAUUUGGAAGCUUUUGCCUAAUGUGUUCCGAUUUCGAGUAUCGCCCUUUUCAGAUAUGUUGGAUAGGAAGGUACCCGAUCGUCCACCUAUCGAAAACGAAGGCCUUCAAAGAGCUGCAUCUGCCGAUUCUGUUGACUCUUUCGAUGAGUAUUUUUUUGACGACACCUCGUUGACCCGAAGUAUGACGGACAAACCGCAUAGACCACCGCCGCCUGUAAGUUUUGUGAUCCAGAGAGAAAAAGGCCGCAGCAAUUAUCAAAUAUCGUCAAAAAAACUUUCAUUUUAUGCUUAUAAUUUUCCGACAAAGAUGAAAAAAAAAAGAUAUUCGGUCUGCAUUUCAAGGAGGUUUCAAUUCACUUCAUAACUCUUACGAUUUACCGUUAAAAUCAGGGCACAUAUUGAUGCAAAACGCUUUGUUAAAAACCCAAAACUUUGACUCUAAAAAAAAAUGAUAUUAUGAGGAUUCCUGUUUAGACGUUCCGCUCGCCGGUCGAAAAUCCUCAUGGCCGACCGAUGAGUUACCAUUUGGCUGUUGGUGCGACACCUAGUGGCCUAUCCGAACCAGAAUCUGCAGUCGAACCAGGACCCAGUCCCUCAUUGCCUCAGAGACAGAGGAGCAUGGUUGUCGCAAAUCCCUUGGCUAUAAGGAAUCCCGCGCAAAAGACCAUGUCGACCUCAAUGAUGGCCAGUCCUCCAUCAAUUGUUAAUGGAGAAAAUAACAAGUACGUUUUUGUGUUUUUCUAUAUCCAGACUUAUUUUUUUUUUGUCCAAGAGAUUUGUCCGAGAUUCGCUCAAAAACUUUUGAAGGACAUGAUAUCAACUUCCUAUUUUUCGAAGGAUAUCAGUUCAAAGAUUUUUUAAAGCGCUAACAAGCAAAGAUCUUUGAGAUAUUCUUCUUUUUUUUCGAAUUGCUCCAAAAUUUGAAAACUUUGUAGUCUAAAAAUAAAAAUAAAUUCCGGACUAUUGGGAAGUUUUCGCGGUUCCGAAAAAAAAGAAUUUAUUCGUUUUUUAGCUCUUUUUUGCUCUUUUUUUUUCAAAUGCCUGAAUAGUUAACAGAUGUCCGAUCAUCCUAAAAAAAAAAUCAUGGAAGAAUUUUUUGAACGGAAAAGCUUAGUUUCAUCGAUUUUCGUCUUUUUCAGAACUGUCGUUAACGUUGACGGGAGCGCUUCUCUACGUGUGAAGCCUCCUCUUCCUAUCAAACCGAAACCGGAUUUCGGUGAAGCUUCUCGUCUGUGA